AUGUCGUUCGUCGCUCACACUGCUGUCGUUGAGAGGAAGCAGUGGUUGGCAGCGGAACGGCGAGCCAUCACCGCUUUCGCUUUCUGGGUCCUCUUUCCUGGUCUUGCGCUCCUCGUGCCAUGGUUUAUGCUCAAAUUCGGCUCUCGUUCAGCUCGGCCUUCGAUAGUGUACACGACCGCAAUCUUUGUGCACGGCUUUCUUCUUUUCGACUUAUACGAGCAUGAAUAUUUCGGUAGGGGCAAGGGGCCUGUGGGUGACUCUGAGAUGGCGUUCUCUAUCUGUACGGGACUCGAGACGAUCUGCUUUAUCAGCGCGGCUGGGAUUUAUUUUCUGGACCUCAACGAGAGACGUUCUCGUAGCAUUUCACAGGAGGCGAAGGAGCGGAGAAGGGCUACCUAG